UGCAGCUGGGCCACCGCGCGCGGGCGGGCACAGGUCGGGAUGCGCCGCCGCCUCUGGCUGGGCCUGGCCUGGCUGCUGCUGGCACGGGCACCGGGUGCUGCGGGCGGAUACCCGCAUCUGGAGGGCGACGUGCGCUGGCGCCGCCUCUUCUCCUCCACCCAUUUCUUCCUGCGAGUGGACCCCGGCGGCCAGGUGCAGGGGACACGCUGGAGACACGGGCAGGACAGUAUUGUUGAGAUCCGCUCUGUCCGCGUGGGUACCGUGGUGAUCAAGGCUGUAUACUCAGGCUUCUACGUGGCCAUGAAUCGCAGAGGCCGCCUCUACGGGUCGGUUCCGGGAGCGCAUCGAGGAGAACGGCUUCAACACAUACGCUUCACGACGCUGGCGGCACCACGGCCGACCUAUGUUCCUGGCACUGGACGGCCAGGGCGCUCCCCGGCAAGGCAGGCGGACACGGCGGCACCAGCUCUCCACACACUUCCUGCCAGUGCUGGUCUCGUCUUGAAAGGCGUGGAGGAGGUUAAGGAGGCACAGGCGGCAUCGAAGGCCUGGAAAAUCUGGAAUUGGGCAGCAAGGGGCUCAGAGCAGAGGCCCUGGGCCCACACAUGCCCUUCCUUAUGUCACGAGCCGGGUGGGCGCCUGCUGUGUGCCAGACAUGGAGACAUAGCAGGGUCCCUACAGGCCAGGCCAGCUCUCAGGGGCACAAAACUGGCAGCUCCCAUCCAUCUAGUUUGGCGGUGAGGGCACUGCCAGGUUCAGCACGACAUGCUCUUGGCACAGCAUGGAGAGGCUUGAAGGUGGGGACACCAGGCGGAUGAGAAAGUAAAGACAGGGAGGCUGGCGGGGAGUGGACACAGACUAUUGUCCCAUGUGAUCAGAGUAGGAGCUGCAGCUAAGAGCACUUCCUGGCCCUUCAGGGGGACUGAAUGUGGUUUUCCCAUGAGGUCACUCAGUCACCUGUAUAACCCACUCCAGAGGAUCCAAGCCCCACCCCUGCGGGCAACUUACACAUGUGUACAUACCCUGCUCCCCAUAUGCAUAGAAAAGACACUUUUUUUUGAGACAGUCUCUACAUAUCCCUGGCUGUCCUGGAACUCGUUCUGUAGACCAGGCUGGCCUCGAACUCACAGAGACCCGCCUGCCUCUGCCUCCCGAGUGCUGGGAUUACAGGCUGCGCCACUUGCGGGGCUGAAGUGGAUGAGUUCACUGCCCGUGUUCCCUGGAGUCACUGGGAGUCAGCUGGACCACAGCCUGGAGCCGCCAGCGUCAGCUUGUGUCCCAGAGCCAUCAACAAUAAAUGUCUUAAGCCUUGGUGA